CCGCUGCUGGUCGUGGCGCUGCUGUUCCGCUCCAAGCCAGGCUUCGGCUCGCUUCCUCAUGUUGUCGACUCCGUCUCAGCGUUCCUGGACUCGUCGGUGCAAUUGCCGCUCUCAAAGGCGAGCAAAUUCGGGUCCUUGGCGCUCUUGAACCGCAUUUGGCACUGUCGUUUAGACCUCGAGGCCGAAGUUAACGCCCCCUGGUCCAUCCGCAGCCUCCUCCGCUGCGAGGUCCACUACGAGCGGUUCCAGUUCACUGGCGCGCUCAUUGAGGCCGUCAAGCGCCGCGACAUGGCCAUGAGCCGCUGGCUGUUCGAGCAUUUCACGGAAUUCUGGGUCACCGAGUCCAUCGUGGAGGCGGCGGUGAGCGUCGGGGACAUGGACAUCUUACGGUACUUUGCAGAGCACGACGAGAGCGGCGCGGAUGCAUCCGAUAGACGCGUUGCAGCCGACCAGCAGAGGCCGCUCCGUCUCGUGUGUUGGGGCUACCAGGACAUGGCCAAAGCCGCCGAGGCCAGACACAUCGACGUCGUGCGGUGGCUGCGGGACAAGGCGGUGGAGAACGAGCGCAACGCCGUCGAGGCCAUGGAAGCGGCCGUCGCCAAUGGGGACCUCGAGUUGGUGGAGCUGAUGGAGCAGAUCACGGGCGUUCAGCCGGUUUCGCACUACUUCACGGCCGCAGUUCAUGGCCCCAUCGCGCUCUUGGAGCGGAUGGCCGAGGACUUUGUCAUUAGUGCGAAGAUGACGCUCGGGGCGUUGGUGACGACGGCUGAGAAGGGCGACUUGGAGACCGUGCGCUGGCUCAUUGAGAGAGACUGGAACGAUGAGGACUUGGACAGUGAUGACGGCUAUAACGACUGGGAAGACGACGACUACGGCUACGGCUGGGGAGCCCGCCGUCAAGAGAGUACACACCCUACCCAUGUUACCAAUGUGGGUGGAGAAGCGUGCCUGGCGAUCCACACAGCAGCUAUCAAUGGGCAUUUGGACGUCGCCAAGAAACAUCCGCGCUCGCAUCGACGCACCUCUGGAUCGUGA